GUGUCUUCAAAUUGUGCAGCGUGAUGCCAUGGUUUCGGAAACCAUUCAGGAGGAGAGUAGCGAGGCAUGGCGGCAAGCCUUGCUGAGCAAAAUUGCUGGAGAGGAUGAGUUGACUGGUGAGGAGUUAGAGCGUCACGAUCAAUUCCUCAAAGCUAAAGAGGAAGCUUUGGCUGCACUUUCAAGCCAGCAAGAGACCUCCACCAAGAAGGUUGCUGGUCAUCGAAGAUCCCAGCAAGUGCGUUUUGAAGGCAAAGCCUUUGAUGAGGAAACUGCCAGAAAGUUGGAUGUGAUUGCUGGAAGGGCUGUGAAGGAUGGCACGCGCCGCGAAAUGGAAAGAUCCAAACAGGCAACCCAGGAAAUUGCUGCAGCCAGAGCUGAGGCUGAGAGUGCUUUGCAAGCAGCGACAAAGUUGCCCAACCAGAAGGCAACCGUGGCGCCAUCGUGGAUCUCCGAUGAAGAGUACAAGGAGCUUGGGUAUCCUCAGCUGGACCCGAAGUUUCGAGACAAAGAGUGGCAAAAAAAGCAACUUCAGUUGGACAGUACCGAUCCGCGGCACAAUCCAAAUCUCAAUCGAGAUCAGAACGAUCCGGAGUUUUGGUACCAUGCUGCACGGAAGCCUUUCAACAAGGCUUUGCUGCGCACAGAGCAGCAUUGGAAUAGCCGACGAGAGGUUUGGCUGAAGCAAUUUGAGCAGGUGAAAGACAUGAAUCAAAAACGCGAACUUCUGGCAGAAUUGCUUGAGGACUGCUCCACAGAGGUGAAACGCUUGGUGGCGCCCAUUCUCCACUUCAACAUCACCAUGAAAGUUUUGACCGGUUUCGUGGAGAAGGGAGCAAAGAUGCAGAAGAGCUUCGAAGAAGUUAUCUCCGCCGAGGAAAGCUUGGGCGUUCUACAAGGCAUUCGAAACAGAGUCGACGAAUUUGGAAGUCAGGCAGCGGAAGAUAUGCUUGUGGAAUAUGAUGCUCGAGCAAGGAGCCUUGCAGAAGAAAGACAAGCCCAGCAGGGCGAGGAAAAAAGAGUAGCUGAUGUUCACACAUUGGCUCAGAUCAUGAAUUGGGGGCAGAAGUGCAAGAAGGAUGGCCUUGUCGAGUGGGAACAAGGAAAUUGGGCAGAGGCAUAUGUCAGCUGGAGGCAAGCAGACGACACGUUGCGACCCUUCAAGGCAGCAGACAAGGAGAAUGGACAACUGCUUUCUGAACUUCAUGGAGCUGUGGCGAAGAAUCUCUCCCAGGCUUGCAUGAAGCUUGGCUACUGGCAAGAAGCCGUCAAGGCUGCUGAGACUGCCGCCCAACUUUGUCCUGAAGAUCACAAGGCUUGGUUCCGCCUGGCAUGUGCCUUGGAGGGUCUGGGAAGAUUGGACGAGGCCGAAGAGUGCCUCCACAAGAUAGAUGAGUGCUCUGUUGGACGACCCGACAGAACACGAAUAGCCAAGGACACACAGGCCAAGCGUGAGAAGCUGCAAGCACUCCGGGAUCGGGAGCAAGCGUCACUGAAGAAGACUGUGGAGAAGGCACUUGCCAGGAACGUGUUCAGUGAGGAGCGCGAGGACCAUCAAAUUCAUCCGGCGUUGGCCAAGAACACCUCAACGAGGGAACCAUUGGAGGACUCCACUCAAAACUCCGUUCAAAAGCAUCUGACAAGAGAAGGUGCCAAGGACUUGCUCCUGGAGCUACGAGAUGCAUACAGAGAUACGACUUUUCAAAUGCAGAUCUUCAAGCUUGCACGAGAUGUACAUGGUCAGAAGGACCUGUUUCUGGCAAACCUGUCCAAGCUCGCACUCCCUUUGCAGAAGCCCAUACUUGAACAGUUUGGUUUCGAGCCAAGCGAGAAGGGUGUAAAGGAGAUGAAACAAGCACUGCAGGAACACCUCCAUGCUGCGACCAUCGACGAGGACAUUCGCAGGGCUGCAGACGAGACCACCAUGGCCUUUUAUGGAGUCAUGUACGACAAGCUCACGCGGGAUGAUGCUGUUGAUUCACCUCCGAGUUUGGAGGUUAGACUUGGGCGCGAUCCUCGAGAGCAAAGUGAGUGAAAAAAAAGGUUGACUGCUGAAACAGCGCGGCCCGUCCUGAGUCGGGCGGCCAUCGACUUCCCGUUGAAAACAACAAGUGACGUCAAAGAUCAAAGUGGGAGCGGAAG